GUGUUUACACACGUCAGAUAGUUUUUGUCACCAGCAGCGUAACAAUCCAUCAUACACAUGUACCGCCAUGUUCAGUGAACAUGCCCAGCUACCACAACAUUAACUUAACCAGAUUGAUCUCAAGCUGUUCAAUGAGCAGGGGUUUUAUACUUGUUAUAUAAUUAUAUAGUUAUAAUAAUUAGAUAUUUACAGAUGUGUAGAUGUUCAUAAUUGACUAUAAUAUAUUCAAUCAAAGUCUGUUAUUUUUAAUUAUUUGUUACUUUGUUUAUUGAAAUAGUAGUCUUAGAAAUAUUUACUUUUAUAAACUUAAAAAAAAUACAACUUUUUAGUUUUUAAACAAAAUAUAUUGACUGGAUUUUAUAGAUAAUUGAUAAUUUCUAUAAUUUAUGAUUCCUAUCCCCCAAUGACUAGAAUUUCAGUAAUGGAUUACACAUGAGUUAUAUAACUACUCUUAAAGAUAUAUGUACUUCGUUAAGAAGAACGGAGUGAAGUUUUAAAAUAUUUUUCAUGCAAAAAGUUUAACCUGCUUCUGGCAUUUUAUGGAUGUAAACAUUUAUUCAUUAUAAACUGUUACACUUAAACAGUGAACAUUUUAUUUCUUGAUUAGAAUUGACAGAAGUGUGAGUGGCAGCAAUGCAGAUCAAGGCACCGCCUAACUUUGUACCUGAGGAUUCCAGGGCACGACAGGUCCAUGCUCCUCCUGUCCAUGCUCGCUACAGAAAGUUUGACCUCUAUAGAAAUGUCCAACAGUUUUACUUUAUAGACAACCAUGCCAUCCAGGUAAUAAAUUAACUUUAGUUUCCAAAUAUAAAUUUUCCGAGCUCUAAAAGAAGUAGAUUGAUCAAUCACUCUUUCAAUGUACUAAUAUUCUUAAUCAUUUCCUUUUUAAAAAUAUUUUUAAAAUAAUAGUAAUUAAAAGAGAAAAAAAAGGAAAUGUGACACCUUUGCUUAUAUUAUUUAUGUAAAUAUUUCAAGCUUUAUUUGAGUAAAUGUAAUCUCCAACCAGGUGGCCCAAACUGAACAUGACAACUUUACAGACUUGAUUUACCAUCUGGUCUAUAGCCAGAACCUUCAGGCUGAUUUGGACAAAUGCAGGUAAUCUCCUUCAUUUCUCAUUUUAUUUCAAUAAUGCAUAAGGAUUAAUAAAAGAUCUUAGAAGGUUAUUGAAAUGGAUAUUAACAUAUUAUUUAUAAACAAAAAAACUUUGAGGUUUUUUUAAUGGUAUAAUUGAUUUUUUAAACAAAACCUUAGUUAAUAUUCUGGGGAAAAAAAAAAAAGAAAUAAUUUGGUCUCAAAUUUUUUUAAUACUAAUUUUGAAGAUGUAAAAAACCUUAUUGGUUUUAAUGACAUCACUUAUAAUUGUACAGAGUGAUCUUUCGAUGGAUGACCUCCAAAAACAUGUACACCAUCUCAUUUCGUGAUGGUGCCAAGCCCAACAGUCCUGAAGAAGUGAUUCUUUCAUUUAAGAACAAACAGGGAACAUAUGCUCGCAUUUUUGAAACACUUUGUCGGUAGGUGCCUUGUGAUCUGAUUUGUAUUUCAUUUAUAGUAGAGGCAUCCAAAUUGGAGGGUGGGUGCACAUAUUUUUUUUUUUUUUAAUGUGUGUGUGGAGGGGGGUGGAUGUUAAGAAUUUAUAUUAAUAAUGGCCUAAUAAUUUUUUUAUGAAAUAAAAGAUUUGCCAAGUUGUACGUAUGAACUUUAUAUCAUUUAAUUACUUUUCAUGUUUAUGUCUUUGUGUUUAUACAAGUUAUCACAGAAUUAAGUAUUGAAACGACUUUGAGAUGUAAUUUGUCUUUUUUAAGAUUCGCUGGAGUCCACUCAAUAGUACUUACUGGCUACGCCAAGGGUCUGGAUUACCGCCCAGGAGACAAAUUCAAGGGCAAUGAGUACAAUCACAGCUGGAAUGCUGUUCUCAUUGACAACAACUGGUAUUUGGUCGACUCCCACUGGGCUACCCGAUACCUGGUCUCUGAAAAAAACAUGCCAGAGAAUCUUGUAAGUGUGUUGGGAUACUUCAAUAUUUUGUUGAAAUAUAAGUUUCAGAUAAGUUUAAUGAAAACAGUACUAUAUAUAAAAAGUCCCAGAAUUUUAAUGACUAUUUAUUCAGCUUAAAUUUGAUAGUCUUUUUAAAAUUUGUUUAUGAGCAUACCUUGAGAGCAUUUUAUUAAAAAGAAAUAUUUUUUUAAUAGGGAAGUCUUACUAAACUUUACUAGUUAUUUUAGACUGACUUAUUAAAAUUUAAGUUCAUUUUAUGUCAAGCUCUCGCUUUCAAAAUCAUACAAAACAUGGCAUGUUUGGACUUCCUGAUGAUGGUCAGGGUUUGAAGUUUGUAGUAUUUAAUCAAAUGCCUGGUGGAUGGGCAUUAGAAUAUGGGGCAAGAUGUCUAGCUAUAGACAUAUUACGAUCAUGGCAUCUGCUUCUUUGGUAUCGUUAUUUAUUACAUUAUGGAAUGAUUUAUCAUUGAUCUGUGUGACAUGACAUCUGUUUAACAGGUCUAUGAGUAUGAUGACUUCUACUUCCUGACUGACCCUGAGCAGCUCAUUUACAGCCACUGGGCUCACAAGAAUGAGUGGCAGUUGCUCCUGACCCCUGUUACCUUGCAGGACUUUGAGAAUCUGCCAUUGGUCAAAUCUUAUUUCUUUAAGUGUGGCAUGUUCUUUAUCUCUCAUCACAAUGGUGUGGUGGAUGCUAAGAAAGGAAGGCUGGCCUUGACACUAGGAUUUUGCAAGCCAACAAAUUUCACGUAUGUUUAUGCUCAACAUGUAUUUGUAAUUUUUAGAGUAUAUAAAAUUUGUAUUUUUGCCUGUCUGAAAAUUUGUCGUGAUAAACUGGGUCAAAUGUUUUAGAAAGUUUGGGCUCUGUAGUUUUACCAUAAGCCUAAGUAAAGUAACACAUUCUUAAUGUGAAAACCAUUUAAAAAAAACAGAUACAAGAUUACUUUUGCUGACACUGGGGAAGAGGUCUACCAGGGACAGAAGCUCAAAAACUAUGCCCUUCAGCAUCAAGGCCAGAACCAGACCACUACUUUCAUCUUUCGUGCUCCACGCGCUGGCCAGUAUUACUUUACAAUCUUUGGUCAACUGCUGACUGGUGAACUGGGGGUCAAGAACAUCUUCACUGCAUCAGCAGAGUAUAAAGUAUGUUAAACUGAUUUUUGUGUUUUUAAUUAGGUCAGCAGAGUAGAAAGAAUGCUAGACCGAUUUUUUUUGUUUUUAAAAUAUUAGAUAGCUUUCUACAAGUAUACAAAAAUAAAACUUAAGCCUACAAAAUAAAUGUUUCUAUAAUUGGUUAAGUCUUUAAAAAGGCAAAGAUUUAUUGACUAUUAUCAAAAUAACAUACAAGAAGUGCAGGCGUUCAAUCCCAAUGUAAAAUUCUAAAGAAAUAGUAAUGUCUGCUAUGAAUUUUUCAGGUAAUAAUUGACACUGCAUCUUCUGAUGCCGCUCCUCUGCCUGCCUGCUCUGACAGCAGCUGGGGACCCGGUGUGGCUGUGGACCAGUUGGGCAUUGUUGCAACACCUCCUGAUGGCAUAGUCACCACAGAGGAUGGUCGUGUCAAUCUAGAGUUUGCCAAGACUAAGCCGGCCUACAUUCUGUGUAAACUGCGCAAGAAUGGAAUGAAAGAUGAAGAGCUUGAGAAGUACAUCCAAGAACAAGACGAAGGAGAUGUUGUUAGAGUAAGCAUUUUCAUUUGAAUUCAAAUUAAAUUUUAAAUUGAUGACUUACAUUUUCUAAGUCGAUAUGAUUAUAAUUUUCUAUGUUAUACUGACCUAUUGAAUCAUCUCAGUUAAAGUCUGAUUCUUGAAUUUCUUUAUUUGGGAUUUGAGAUGGUUGAUUGAUUACAGCUGAAAAUAAAACAAUUUUUUUUCCAGGUGACUGCACAGCUUCCUGCUAAAGGAGAGUAUGGCAUUGAGGUAUAUGGUAAUGAUCCAGCCAAAGAUGGAGACACGUACACUCAUAUCUGCCAGUACUAUGUGCACUUUGCACCACGCAAUGAGCAACAAGGAGCUUUCUACCAAGAGUCUCCAGAGAGAAGGGGACUGGCGCCCGGGAAACAGGCUACAACUCAACCUGGAAAAUACACUGCUAAUUCUGCUGGGGUGAGGAUAAUACGAACUAAACCAAUUUAAUAACAAUAUCAUUAUGAUAAGUUUUACUUAGACUAGUGGAAAUUUAUGAAUAUUUCUACUUUGCACAGGUAAAAUUACUGCGUAUGGUCCCCUAUACUGCCUUUGUUUUAUCAUUUAAUUGUCAAAUAUUUUCUAUUAUAAAUAUUAAUUUUUAAAAAUGAUUGGUUUGUUUAAAAGUGUCAAAUUUCAAUGGAACAUUUAGCAUAGCUUUCACUCACACAUAUGCAACUGGAAUGCUCCAUGUACCAUCAUGAUGGAAAACCAAGGCAGUAUGAGUACUGUCUUUUUUUUUUUUAUAACACUAUUGUAACAAUAUGGAACAUUCUAUUUGGUGAUUUUGAAUGGUUUAUUAUACCCUCAUUGUAGAAGUCAUUCAGAAAAUACUAUGUGAUUUGAAGUGUAAGAGCAAGUGCUCCCCUCCCCACAACUUUAGGAACAUCUGAUGAUCCAAUAAUUAAAAAUAAUUUAAAAAAAACUUAUUUGACCUUUUAUACCUGCCAUUAUAAGCUAACUAUUCCUGUACCAACAGGAUGGCUAUGGUGAUGAGGAGUUCCCACCACCACCACCAGAACUCUUGCAGCAACAGUACUUGUAUGGAACAGUUCCUGACAGCAGACAGCAGGCUGUCCAGAGCAAUCUUACUUUCCCCCAGGGUCAGAGCUACACAUCCUAUGCCCCAGGUGUCGGUCAAACUUCUGGCCAGAAACCACAGAAAGCAGAAGUGAUCCAGAUUCCUGUUAGCACUAAACCAAUACAGGUGAUAAACUACUAAUAUUUAUACAAGAUAAAGCAGUUUUAGAGGACUAGACUUAUCAACUGAAUAUUGGCAGUAUUAUAUCAGUCCUCAAAAAUAAAAGUCUUGAGGUAACCCAUUUCUUAGACGUAGUGGGGUUUCUGUUAUUUAAGGUUGAUGAACUCUUUCAGAUAGAAUGCAGCGCAAAUAAUAUGGGUUUUCACGUACAAACGUUGCCCUGAUCAUACAAAGUUACAAAUGUAUUGAUUUUGUGACUUUGCUGACAACAGUGGUGUAACAGAAGACUUAAGCAAUGUAUGGAAUCAUCUUUCUUUCAUCUGAUUUGUUAUACUUGCAGUUCUAAUAGAUUAUUGUUAUAGAAAAGAAGAAUCUGUCAAAAGUUUCUAUAAACCAAAUAUUUAAAUGAAAAUAAAACACCCUUUUCUUUGAUGAACAGGUAGAGAAAAGAUCUGUUGGCCAGGAAGGUCAGGCUGCUCCAUCAUCCUUCCAGCUGCAGCCAAAGACAGAAAGAGAAGAAGCCCCCAUCCCUGCCCCUGCAGGCUCCCAACAGAAGCCCACAUUAGAGGCUAUUGACAGACAUGUUUUGCAAUCUGUAGAUGACCAUGCUAUUCAGGUAGACAUUCUCAAAAUAACAAAUAACUGUCUCUUUUCAGGAAUUUUAAAACAAGAUAAUAUAUAAUGGUAUAAAUUUACAAUGCUGUGAGGGAGACAAUAUAUUUUUCUUUGAAAAGUUUACUUCACUAGGAACUGUAAUAAUGUAAGAAAAUGCACACAUUGGCUUUCUAGCUGCAAUUAUGUAAAAGUUCUUUGUGACGAUGCAAAGUCUCUUGUUUGUGAAAGGGCACUUCUGUAAAAUGUAUUGUUUAUUUCAGGUUUCUAAAUCAGAACACAACAAUUUCAGAGAUCUGGUCUGGGAUUUGAUCUAUUCAAAGAACAUUACAAAUGAACUAGAGAAAGUCAGGUGCUAAGACUCUUUUCUUUUGACUUACUAAAAACUAACCUCUGGUCAUGGCUGCUUAAUAAAUUAGAAAAUUCCAGUUUGUGUAAUUUAGAUAUGCAUGAAAAAAUUUACUUAAAAAACUUUAGUAAUGUGUUUUGAAAAAUCUAAAAUUUAAAUGUGAAAUAAUUGCAUAGUUAAAAUUGAUUUCUCUUCACUGACUUUCUUUUUGGACUUCUCAUUCAGAGUUAUUUUCCGUUGGUUGGCAACAAAGAACUUGAAAGAAAUGAAUUUUGACAAAGUGGACAAAGGCAGUCCCGAAGAAGUGCUGAUGGGUCUCAAAACUGGAAAGACUACGUACGCCAUGGUGUUUGACACUAUGUGCAAGUAAGUAGUUAUAAAGUUGAGAAUGCAUAAGUUUAUUUUACCAAUAGUUAAUGAGCUUUAUUUUUACACUUCAAUUUUUUUUAAAAAAUGAGCAACAUUGACCAUUUUGAACUUGUGUGGAAUGUAAAAUCUAUGCCAAUAUAUGUACACUUCAUAUAUUUUAUUUUAAAUAUAUUUCUUAAUUCCAAUAAAUAGGGAAUAUGACAAAAUGCAAGUAAAGUGAAUAAGUUAUAAACUAUAUGAUUUAUGUAGAUAUAAUUAUGUAUACCGGGUACCAAUAAUUUAGAAAUAAAAACAUGAUGGUGUAGAACUUCCCUCCAUUAAAAAAAAUUAUUUAAUGAAUUCUCCAACAGUUAUGCCGGUCUCCAUUCUAAGAUCAUCAGUGGCUAUGCCAAAGGUGCUGACUACAGACCUGGUCAGAAAUUCACACCAGGAACCAACCAACAUUCAUGGAAUGCCGUCUACAUUUAUGGCACUUGGUGCCUCAUUGAUGCUCACUGGGCUGCCAGGCGUAUCAUUGGCAAGCAAGCCUCAACAGAAGACUUCCACUAUCAGCUGGAUGAGUAAGUCAUCAAAUAUUUUGAUAGGUUUUUAUAGUUAAAAUAAGGAGUACUUUCUUAACUAGUUUAUGGAACAACAGCAAGUGAGUUUUUUUAACCAUAUUUCACAAUAGGAAGUGAGCAAUACAUUUGUAUAAAUUGUUAUGUCUGACAUAUAUUGUCUGAUAUUUGACAAUGUUAAAUUUGCAGUAACUUUAAAGGAUUGCUGAUUGUCUUACAGUUCUGUUGUUUAAGACUUAAAAGUAUACAUUUAUCUAUUUGAUUUAUUAAAAUUUACCUUGCAUUAAAUUGUGUUUUUUCCAGGUACUUUUUCUUGCCUGAUCCCCAUCAGUUGAUCUACACCCACUUCCCUGAUGACCCCCAGUGGCAACUGCUGGAGCGCAGUGUCACCCUACAGGAGUUUGAAUCCAUGCCACACAUGAAACCACAGUUCUUCAAGUACGGCUUGGAGUUUGUAACCCAUCGUACAGGUGUCAUCCACAGUCGUGGAGAGCUUCACAUUCGCCUCAGAUACCCAGCUGACAAAAUAGCCGUGACCUUCAACUUCACAAUGCAGUUUGAGGAUGGCAAUGAAGAGUACGCUGGGGUGAAACUUAGUAGAUACGGUCUGCAGGAAAGCUCUGGAAGAAUAGCCUCAUUCUCUCUCCGCUUGCCUGUGGCCGGCUCGUACAUUCUCUACAUUUAUGCCAAAGAAGACACGCCCGAGAACAAAGACAAUGUUUAUGCCCAAGUUUGUGAAUACAAGAUUGAGCAAGAGGUGGUCCCAUCCCCCCCUCCUGAGCCCUACCCUCCAUGUUCAUAUCUGAACUGGGGUGCAGGAUCAGCUUUCUAUAGGUACAACCUGAGCACCUACCAACAGACAGCCACACUCAACACCAGAGAGGGAAAAGUGGAACUGCAGGUAAAGAGGCAGCAAUGUGUUUAAAGAUAAUGAGUGGACAUUUACAGCUCUUCACUGCUAGUUAAUGUUAGAUUGGCUUGUGUUCAGCACCUUUAACUGUAUAUUAAAUGUAAACCAUUUCAGAUCAAGAUUCCUUGCAACAUGCAGUUUAUGGCAAAAUUGAAGAGCAAUCAUUUCAGCGACACAGAACUUGAAGGGUUUGUACUUCACAGAACAGUCGGCAACACAGCAUACUUUAAUGUCAGCUGUCCGGGUAGAGGAGAAUAUGGAUUAGAGAUUUAUGCUAAUAACCCAGAGAAGGAAGGAAGUACUCUCUAUCAUGUAGCCCAGUAUUUAGUGCUCUGCCAGGAGGAUGUUAAGGUAUGAGAUAAAAUAAGUGUAGACAUUUAUCACGUUGCAUUGAUGAAAUAAAAAAAAAGUUUUUUUUUUUUUUUGUCUCUAAGUUUCUUUGAAAUCUUUUAGGUUAAUUGUGCAUUAAAACGUGUAACCCUUAAAAAGAUAAUUUUUAAUUAAAUUCUGACAGUUAUUUCUUUCUUAAUUAGCAUUCAGGUCUUCAAAUAAUAAUUGCAAUACUUAGAAAAUCUUAGGAUGCAUUGGGCAAAUGGAUCUAGUUACUACUAUUGCCAUAAUAAUUCUUCUGUUAUUUUUUUUCAAAGCAAAGUAUUGAACUGUCCCCUCACAUAUCACCAGAUGUUGUUUUAUAUAAAAAUGUAGAUAGUUUCAUUAAUAACUUCUGUACUCUCAGGUUGAGCCCCUCCCAAGCCUCCCCCAUGGUUACCUAGGUAAACAACAGAGGUUUGAUGAGUUUGGCUUACUCUGUGUGUCCCAUGUUGACCCCGUCAUCCACCUUGAUGUCAACACUGUCACAAUUGCUAUGAAGACCUCUCACCCCAUGAGGGUCACUGCCAACCUGAUUGCUGUGGACUCCGACGAAGAGUUCCCAGACUUUGUCUUCUCCAACUGCUUGGGCUCCCAGAUCUCCUUCAUAGUUAACAUGCCCAGUGUGGGUUAUUACAAGCUGCAGAUUUAUGCCAUGCCCCAGGCUGACCCAAGCCAACAGUUGCCUGGUGUAUUUAACUAUCUCAUCAACUGUAAAGCUGUCACACAGGUUAGUUGAUAUACAUGUCUGGCACUACUUGAUCUCACAACUUUCUAUGUCCAUGUACCUUUUUUUUUCCUAAAAAAAUUUUGUUCUCAUUUAUUAUGAUUUAUAUUGACUUCUUAAAGACUGUCAAUGUUGAUUUGGAAGUAUUUUUAACACAGCUCUUAGUUACUCAGUACCAUGCCAUUUUGAGUGAAAUGUUUUAAAAAUCAGAAUAACAGAAUAUACUUUUUAAAAAUUUCUAUUUAUUUAAAUCAUGUUAAUUUCAUUUGGACAUUUUUAGGAAUGUUUCAGUACUUUGUGUUUUAUUUCUUAAGCACUUCUUAGAUACCAUACAGUUUUAUGUCAGCUUUUAGUAUGUUAUUAUGCACCAGCCAAUCCUGUUAUUUUUAAAAAGUCAAGUACUUUCAGUAAUUAUUUGAGCUAAUAUCUGUUGUCUCUAAGUGAGAUUUAAUAAAUGACAUAGACUGAAUGGAUCACAUGAACUGAUUUAAUGGAUGGCAUGGAUAGAUUUAAUAGAUCACAUGAACUGAUUUAAUGGAUGGCUUAAACUUAUUUGACUGUUCUACAUGUUGUCUUUAUGAAUGUUGUAUAUAUUUUUGUUUGCAGGCUGUGUUCCCAUUCCCCAAGCAGUAUGCUCAGUGGAAAGAGGGUUGCUUCAUGUAUGAGCCUGGUGUGAUCCCAACAAACCGAGGUCCACAUGCUUCACAGGCACAACUUGACAGACUUCCCAACCAAAUCAACUUCCGAGUCAGCAUUCCCAAGGCUGAGGCAGUGGCAGUAGUUGCUGGGCAGAACUGGACUCACCUGGACAGACUCCAGGUAUGUUUUCGGACAUAAUUUUUUUUUAUUACUGUUAAAAUGUGUAUGAAGGUACAACCCUCUUUAAAAAUUUUAGAUGAAAAUGUCUAAACAGUUGGUUGAUAAAUUAUUGUAUUCAUAUGUCGCCCAUAAUUUUAAAAAAAAGUGUGUAAUAAAUUGAAAUGAUUUGACCUAUAUUCUUGUCCUCUUCUGCCCUCAGGGUGAUGAAUGGGCCAAAGUUGUUGAUGUGACUGGUUUGUAUGGAUCAGGAGCUAAAGUCACAUUAAAUGCCAACUUUGGAGGUGACAAGACUAGCUACUCAACUCUGCUGGAGUAUGGUCUUUAAAUUGGUUUAGGUCAUGUCAUACAGCAUUUAUAAAAUUGCUUUAGGUCAUGCCACACUGGCAUUUAUAAUCAAAUUCUAUUCUCAAACAUUUUGUCAUGAUUGCUAAUGGACUAUCCCUCAUGGGAAGAGCUUAGGUCAAAUUAACGAACAAAAUGAGGUGAUUUUGUUAAAGUACAGUGUCCUGUUUGUCUGAGGGUUUAUUUAAUCUCAACUCUAUAGUUUUAUUAUGGCUUUUCUCUGUUACUUUUUAUAAAACUAGAAAACACUUUAAAAAAAAUAAAACUAGAUUAUGAUGCAUUUCAAUUUUUCCAUGCAUUCAUUCAACACAUUGUAAGUCAAGUUUAUCUUACUGUCACAUUGGGCAACUACAUAAAAAACAACAGAAUGCUGGGGGGGGGGGGGGGGAUACAAUAAUUUAUUUGUAUUUUACAAAAACAGGUUUGGCCAAAGAAAAAAGGAGUUAUAACAGUUUGCUUUUUCUGUUUGUUUUUAUUUUGUUAAUGACCAAUCAGGACUUGGAAAAUGGGAUCAAAGAAAGGCAAUUGUAGAGAGGUGCAUGGUUAUUUCCCCUCCCCUAAUUUUAAAACUUUCCUUGGAAAAAAAUGAAACCAAAUACCCUUCCUUACCAGUUGAUUUUUAUAACCAAUGACAACUCAUUGGUUCCGUGGAUAUUUUUUGGUAUAGAGUUACAUGAUAUAAAAACUAAGACAGCAAUAACAUCCAAACUUUUCUGGUCCUCUCUAUCAAUAUACAAAACCUAACAACAUAUAUUCACCAAAGUCUUGGUUCUAAGGUCCUAGUCUCCAAUUCUUGAUCUCACACAACUAUUUUCAUUUCCUUAACUGGUCCCAUGACCUCACUCCUUCUACUCACUGUAGCGAAAAAUCUGCUUGUUUUAAAUAAUUAUAAUUAAAUUGACCAGCUUGACAAAAGGUCCUUACAUGUAUUCUUUCAGCGCAUAUUUCAAGCUAGGAUUUUACACUUUGCUCUGGACAUACAAAAUAGUUAUGACCAUUUUAAAAGUUAAAAUAUCGACAUGGUUUAUUGCAUCACCAUUUCACGUGUGUCAAGGGGUUCUUUUUUCUAUUAUAAUCUUUGAAUUUUCUACGAGGCACAUUUUUAUACAAAGGGUUUAUUUUCUUUACAAAAAACAAAGUGAUAGCUUUUUAAAGCGGCAUAUGUGCACUGCCAAUGUGAUUAUUCUUCUGUUUUUUUUAAAUCUAUAUUUUUAAUUUCCAUUCAACAAUUUAUUGUACACUCUGUGCUUUACUCAUUUACUCUGUAUCUUAGCUGUGCAAGUGCAUUACUUACUACAUUGAUUUUAACCAUGGACAAAAAGAGCAACAUUCAAGAACAACCGUUUUUUUUUUUUUCAAUUUUAUUUUUCUGAUGGGCUUUCUUGAAUUACAGUUUUGGAAAAAACCACAUCUGAUUUGAAAAAACUCAUCAUUCUCAUCUCAGCAUUGACUUCUUGGUGUUUUAUUUUUUUAAUGGCAUUAGAUGAUGUAAACAUUAUAUGAUAGUUUAUACUAAAUACUGUUGUUUGAAAGCACAUUUUUUUUUUAACUGUUGUCUGAGCACAAUGCAUAAACUAUUAUAUCCCAUGCUACUAAUGGCCAUGACAAGUAAUCCUCCUCCAAAUCAUGUUACUGUAAGUUUUUAAUCUAGUGAAUUUAGUUAAAUAAUACAUUUUCUGAAAUAAAGAAAAAAAUAUUCACAUCAUUUGCUGUCAAAUUUUUAUAUUUGUUCUAACCUCUUUUUAUAAAAAAUGUUUGUGCUUGAAAUAUUGCACAAAGAUGGCAAGUGAUAUAUACAAAAAUAUUUAUUACCACCACAUAAAAUGUAUGGGGAUAGCUGGUAAGAUAUUAGGCCAGUAGAGAGAUAUUUGGACUUAAAAGUGUCAUCCUUCACUUGUAACUAGGUACCUUGGCUUGUUUUAUUUAUAAUAUAUACAUUAUUUUUGUGAUGUAGUUAAUGCAUUUCAUCUCUGCAAUAAAUGCUUCUUCCGUCUU